AUGGAGUUGUUUUAUUAUUAUUUUUCGACUUCUUUUUUCUGCAAUGUUGACUGUGGUGUAUUCGCCUUGAAAUUCAUGGAGCUAUGGGACAGGAACGUCGAUCUCAGGGAUAUGUUCGAUCAUUCUGAUAUUCCCAAUAUACGUGUGAAGCUUGGAGUCGACUUAUUCUUCAGCAAAGGAAAUUGCAUCGACAAAUCUCUUGUGACGAACUUGUAUAAGCAGGGCGUCGAUCCUCGUGUCUCCAACUAG